AUGGAGCGCCUCGAGCUGUCCCCAGCCCUGCUGCAGCCACAGGUCACUGUGGUGGCCGCCCUGGAUGAGCUGCUAGCCACCGUGCCCAGGUGGGAUGCGAUGAUGACGCUGCCCAAGUCUGCAGAGAGCCUGAACUGGGACCUGGAGGACUUCACCAGGGAGCUCCGGGCCACCAUAAAGUGCAUUGAUGACACCUGGUGGCCCGACAUUGUCACCUCCGAUGGUGAUGAUCCUGUCACCCCCCUGAGCCAGGCCCUGGCUGCCCACAAGAGCACCCCAUGGACCGCCUGGGACCAUGUGAAAAUGGAGGCCAUCAUGUGGCAGGGCUUGGUGGACGUGCUCAUGGAGAGGUGGGUCAAGCUAUCUGGGAAGGCCACCAAGCUCCGCAGCCUCUGGUGGGAGGUGGUCACUGAGGCGGCCAACAUGGCGAUCACCAUCACCUACUUGGCAAGCUACCGGCAGGACAAGGCUGCCGGUGGUGGGACAGCUCAGGAAAACAUGGUGGAGCUGGGUCAGGCCCUGGGCAGGGAGGAGGGGGCCGAGGGGGUGGCCGGGCACGAAGCCCGGGUGAGGAGAGAGGCCAGGGUGGCUGCCAGUGAGGCAAUAAGGGCCACCAUGGUGAGACAGUUAGCGGAGGUGGCCAAGGGGCCACUGGAGCGCUUGGUGGCCGCGUGUGACGAAGCCACCGCCCUCCCCCGGGAGCUGCAGUGGCGGCUCGAAGACGUCGAGGCCACCCUGAAGGGGACAAAUGAGGCAUCCCAAGAUGUCCCCGAGGACUUGGUGGCCAAGGUGGCCGAGGCCAAGCGGCUGUGGGAAGCCAACGCCCGCCUGGCCAAGGAUCACCUGCUGGGAGUAGUUGACGACAUCGUCAAGAUCUAUUUCUAUGGUGCUCCCGCCAGCCCCAGUGCCUGUGGGGUGGCUGAGCGGUGCCAAAGUGCCAUCGAGGACAUCCCAAGGCUCCUUCAACUCCCGGAUCGUCCCCAGAGCAUCCCCAAAGUGUCCCCAGUGAGCAUGAAGCUGCAAGAGGUGUCCCCUCCACAGCUGCAGGCGCUGGUGGCUGUGGUGGCCACCCUGGGCAAGGUGGUGGCUGCUGUGACCGGGCCACACAGGGGCAAGUUCCUGCACGAGUCCCUAGACUCCCUGCAUGAGGACCUGAAGAACUUCACCCAGAACCUCUGUAAGAUCCUGGACCACGGCGAUGUCACCUCCCUGGGCCACUGUGGUGUCACCUCCCUGGGCCACCAUAGUGUCACCUCCCUGGGCCACCAUAGUGUCCCCUGCCUGGGCCGGGCCCUGGCCACCCUCGGGGCCACCCCAGGGACAACUGGGGCCAGUGUGAGAGCCGUGGCCAGUGCCUGGCGGGAGUCAGUGGCCAAGCUCGUGGACAGCUAUGACCAGCUGGCCAGGGAGGCCACCAAGCUCCGUGACGCCUGUGGGAAGGUGGUCAUGGACCAACAGCGAAUGGUGUCCUGGGACAAGGAGGAGGUGGCCCAGGAAAUGGCCACACAUGAUGCCCAGGUGGUGGCAGCCACCAACGAGGCCAUGGGAGAGGCUGUGGUGGCCACCAGGCAGGCAAUGGCAGCCACCAAGAGGGGACAUUGGGCAGUGGUGGCCCUGGGGCUGCUGCAGUGCUUGGUGGUUGCGUGUGACAAAGCCACCUUGUUCAACUGGAACAUGGAGUGCCGGCUCAAGGACAUCGAGGCCAUCCUGAAGGGGACAAAUGAGGUGUCUCCUGAUGUCCUCCAGACCUUGGUGGCCAAGGUGGCCGAGUUUGAGUGGCUGUGGGUGGCCAGCGCCCGCCUGGCCAAGGAUCACCUGCUGGGGACACUUGGGGUCAUUGACAACAUCCUCUUGAGUCCCUAUGGUGACCAUGGCGGCCCCGGUGGCCCCGGCAGCCGCACAGUGGACGAGCGGUGCCAAAAAGCCAUCGAGGACAUCCCGAGGCUGCUGUUGUGGUGGUGUUUGUAGGUCCCAGGAUGAGAGAAGAGAUGAGAAUCUGACUCCAUUUUUCAGGACGAUUUAUUGUUUUAUGAUAUUAUAUUAUAUUAAAUACGCUAUACUAAAACUAUACUAAAGAAAUAUAGAAAGGAUACAUCAGAAAGGUAGAAAAGAAUGAACAAUAAAAACCCAUGACAGAGCAGAGAGCCCGACACAGAUGGUUGUGAUUGGCCAUUAAUUAAAAACAAUUCACAUGUUUGGAUAAACAAUUCUCCAAACCACAUUCCAAAGCAGCACAACAUGGAGAAGCUGAAGCUUCCCAGAAGAAAAAGUCCUGGCAAAGGGAUUUUUCAUAAAAUAUCACAGAGACAUGCUGUGGGGACAGUGAUGUCACUGGAGAGACUUGUGGACACUCAAGUGCCACUCGCUCCUCGUGUCGCCAAGAGCUCCUCAAGUGCCACCAGCUCCCCAAGUGCCACCAGUUCCUCAAGUGCCACCAGCUCCUCGUGUCACCAAGAGCCCCUCAUGUGCCACCAGCUCCUCAUGUCACCAAGACCCCCUUGAGUGUCACCAG